GUAAUUUUUUUCCUUCUAACUCAUUACAGAGAAAAAAAAUAAAUAAAAUUGAGAGAAUUAAAUAAAAUAAAAAACCCUAAUGGUGAUGGAGCUUGGUGGUGGAACUACUACCGCAGCCGCGGCGUCACAAAACAGCGGCGCGGAUGCGGCGGUGGAGCGUUUGGAGGGUCACGACGAGGAGACGAGCAGACGCGGUUUCGGAGGGAAUCGGUGGCCGCGUCAGGAAACGCUAGCGUUACUGAAAAUACGAUCUGAUAUGGAUACCGCGUUCCGACACGCCAGCGCCAAAGGUCCCUUGUGGGAUGAGGUUUCCAGGAAAAUGUUGGAGAUUGGGUACAACAGAAGCGCCAAGAAAUGCAGAGAAAAAUUCGAGAAUGUAUACAAGUACCAUAAGCGUACCAAAGAAGGCCGUACAAGAAAAUCCCAAGGCAAAACCUAUCGCUUCUUCGACCAAUUAGAUGCCCUCCAGACCCAGCCGCAACCGCAAUCGCAAUCGCCGCAACCCCCGUCUGUGAACGCCGACAACCCUCCUACUUGUGGCGUUGCGUUAGCGACUGUUACAUCAACAAUGCCGCCUCCGUACACUUCAGUCCCGCCUGUCCCCGACAUUUUCUGCGAUUUUCCGUCGGAUUCAGCACCUUCGUCGUCAUCUUCUUCGGACAUGGAGACUGGAGGAGGAACGAGGAAGAAGAGAAAGAAGAAAUGGAAGGAUUUCUUCGAGAGGAUGGUGAAGAAGGUGGUGGAGAAGCAAGAAGAGCUUCAGACACAAUUCUUGGAAACCCUAGAGAAGCGAGAGAAUGAGAGAAUGGUCCGUGAAGAAGCUUGGAGAAUGGAGGAGAUGGCCAGAAUCAAACGCGAACGCGAGAUUCUCUCCCAAGAACGCUCAAACGCAGCCGCUAAAGACGCAACCGUCAUGACGCUCCUGCAGAAACAACUGUCGGAAAACCCAAGCUUAAGUCACUUAUCCACACACGCACCACCGCCACCGCAAACGCAGAUUCUACAGCCUCCGCCACCGCAAACGCAGCCCAACGAGACGGCGACGAGCCCGAGCCCGUCGAGGUGGCCGAAGGUGGAGAUCGAAGCGCUGAUAAAGCUGCGAACGAAUCUUGAUUCAAAGUACCAUGAGAAUGGAUCACAAAAGGGUCCGAUGUGGGAAGAAGUCUCUGCCGGAAUGAGAAGGUUAGGGUUCAACAGGAGUGCGAAGAGAUGCAAGGAGAAGUGGGAGAAUAUCAACAAGUACUUCAAGAAAGUGAAGGAGAGCAACAAGAAACGGCCCGUAGAUUCCAAGACUUGCCCUUAUUACCACCAGCUCGACGUUUUGUACAGAGAGAAGAACAACAUGGCCAUGGCCUCGACCUCGACCUCGUCCACGUCCAUGGUGGAGAUGAAGCCCAAGAACACAGUCCCGCUCGUGGUUCAGCCCGAGCAGCAAUGGCCUCCCGCCGCAAGAACGGAACCUCGACCGCGACCGGAGACACAGAUAGAGGAUGUGGGUCUAGGAGAGAAUUCCGGUCGGAACCCGGACCAAGACAGAGGAAGAGAAAUGGAUGGCGAGGAGGAGGAAGAUGAUGACGACGGUAGUGGAGGUGAGUUUGAGAUUGUGCCGAGUAAAUGACAAUAACGGUGAGUGAGAAGGUGACAUUGCUCGGGUUGGGUAAAAAAGUAUUUACUCAGACGGUAAAAAAAAAAAGAAUUUCAAAGUUUUGAUACAAUUAUACAUUGGAGGGGUUGGUUA